CACGGGCGGAGCGGGCAGAGCGGCGGCGGAGCCGGCCCGAGAGGGUGCGCUGUGUGCGGAGCCAUGCCCGGGCUGUGGGAGCGGCUGGCGGGCGGCGAGCGGGGCCGCCUGGAGACCUCCGACUGCGAGUCCCUGGGCAGCGCCUCCGGCUCGGAGGGAGAUGCCGAGUACGCCGAGGGUGUCUCCCUGCCGGACAUGGACCUGGAGCUGCUGCACGACCCCGAGGACGAGCUGCUGUGCGCCAGCCUGCUGGACGUGGUGCAGGCGGCGCUGGGCCGGGCCCCGCUGGGCGCCCGGCGCUGCUGGCGGCUGCUGAUGCCGGCGCAGCUGCAGGCGCAGGUGCGGGCGGAGCUGCUGCGCCUGGCGUGCAGCGAGCCCUGCGGGCUGCGCGGCGCCCUGCUGGACCUGUGCGUGGAGCACGGCAAGGCCUGCCACGACGUGGGGCGCAUCGCCGCCGACCCCGCCGUGGUGCCCACCUUCCAGCUCACCCUGGUGCUGCGCCUGGACUCCCGCCUCUGGCCCAAGAUCCAGGGACUGUUCGCCUCGGGGCCGGCCUUCGCGCCGCUGAAGCUGAGCACGGGCUUCAGGGUGAUGAAGAAGAAGCUGUACAGCUCCGAGCAGCUGCUCGUCGAGGAGUGCUGAGCGCCGCGCCGGAGCAGCCACUUGCCGAGCGCUGCGGAGAGCCGGGCGGCUCCCGGCAGCCGCUGUAGUUUGGGUUAGGCUGGACUAGGCUGUAGGUGCAGCAGCCGGGGCAGGCCGGGUCCCCGUGGGGAGAGGCCGCUUCCCGCCCGGCAUGGCUCGGGACCAGCCCGGGCACCGCGCUCCGGGGGCGGCAGCGGGGCUGCCGGCUCCUGAUGGAUCACGGGGGUUUGUAAACCAGGAUUGUAAUCAAUGGGGUCUCGGGGAGGGGAGCGUGGCAGUGAGGGGGUCUGGAUCAAAGGCUGGAAUUGUGUCUUUGAUCAGGAGAGGGCCGGAGGGCAGGACCCCCGGCCCUGACACACCGGGGGCACUUCGUUGGUUACAGUUUACACUCAUACACUUGAUGUUCAAGUGCGAGAAUUCCUAUGCAAUCGUUUCGGGUGGUUUUGUACUUUUCUAAUAAAACUUGUCUUGAUUGAUAA